AUGUCUGGACGUGGAAAAGGAGGCAAAUCUAAGGCAAAAUCUAAGACCAGGUCAUCCAGAGCUGGACUUCAGUUCCCAGUUGGCAGAAUUCAUCGUCUGUUGAGGAAAGGAAACUAUGCAGAAAGAGUUGGUGCUGGCGCUCCUGUGUAUCUCGCCGCCGUGCUGGAAUAUUUAGCAGCCGAAGUUUUGGAGUUGGCAGGAAAUGCUGCACGUGACAACAAGAAGGCCAGAAUCGUCCCACGUCAUCUUCAGCUUGCCAUCAGGAACGACGAAGAGUUGAACAAACUGUUGGGAGGAGUGACGAUCGCACAAGGAGGCGUUUUACCAAACAUUCAAGCUGUACUUCUUCCCAAGAAGACUGGUGCCAAGGCAGCAGGAAAGUCCAGCCAAUCCCAGGAGUACUAG